AUGGACAAACAUGGACAAACAUGGACAAACAUAGACAAAUCGACAAAUAUAGACAAACUACGUCACCAUUGGACCGUUCAUCCACCCUCGCUAAUGCAACGAGUUGCGUACAUCCUCCUUCUUGCAUGUCUGGUGUGUAUGGUGACAUGGUUCUCAUUACACCGUCGUGCAUCGCAGCGCCAUGCUGCGACUGAGAAAAGCCAGAGUGGGCCUGAUGAAUGCCCCUUCACCAUCCGUCAGCUGAACCAAACUACAUACCUUGUUCGUGAAAGAGAUCGAUUCGGCGAGUAUCCACAUAUAUACGUGAAGAAACACACAGAGACGCUUCCCGACGGACAAAGAGCCAGCGUCCUGAUAGUAAACGACACCGGCUGCGGCACAUCAACCCGCAACCACACCACCACCACCAGUCAGGACUGGAACAUCAGAACCUUCAUCGACCACCACCUAAACCCAAACAGAGACGACAUCCUGUACCUCGUCAUCCUCUCCCACUGCCACUACGACCACAUCCUCGGACUAGAGCCCCUCCUCCACAGCCCACAGCGCCGCAACAUAGCCAUCCUCUCCUCCUCCCACGACCCCGCGUUCCUGCACCCCCGCUCCAAUCUAGAGCAGCACUCGUUAUGCGCGAGCAUGAACCUCCGCUGUCCUGUAUACAGGACCUCACUCUGGGCCGCCCACGACCAGCAUCUCACAAUCCCACACCCGCAUCUACCCACCCCGCUGCACCUCCCCCUCACAACCCUGCACAUCCCAGGCCACACCCCGGACAGCCUCGCCUGGUACGACGCCGCCGAACGCGCCCUGUACGUCGGCGACGCGCUGUAUGAGCGCCAGAGCCCCGAAUCGCGCGCCGCGCCGUGGGGCGGCGAGGCCCCUGCGCCCAUCCUGUUUCCGGGCGAGGGCGACUUGGUCGCUUGGUGGCGGAGCGUGCAUCUCCUGCUGGGGUUUGUGGAACGGCGGAAUGCGGAGACGGCAUGUAGGUGUGUCACGCUCUCGGCGGGACAUGUUACGGUCGGGGUCGAUGCUGUGGCGUGCUUGCUGGCUGUGCGGCGGUUCAUGGCGAGGGUGUUGAGGGGUGAGGUCGAGGUUCGGGAACAGCCGGAGAAAAGGGGGGAGCGGUUCGGGUAUUGGGUUGAGGAGGGGGGGAGGUUUAGUCUUGGGGCGCCGUUGAGGGUGGUUGGCGAGGGGAGAGUGGGUAUUCCUGAGGAUGAAUGGAGGGAGGGUGGAAUGGUGGGUUGA